UUCAGUAAACGUUUCGCGGCUGUACGUCUACUCGGAGGGUCGUUGUCGGUGUUUGGCAGCAUUUACUACAUACUAAGUGAACAUACUUUAUUGUUCCCGUUCCCGUUUCGUGGUCGAUUAUUUUCCGUUUUUCUCAUUCUGUUGCUUUCUUCCGUUGAACACCCAGUUCCAGUUCCAAAAAAUGUCGGAACCAAUUCGCGUGGUAGUGACGGGAGCGGCCGGACAGAUUGCCUACUCGCUGCUGUACAUGGUGGCGAAGGGCGAUGUGUUCGGUCCGAGUCAGCCACUGAUCCUGCAUUUGCUGGACAUUCCACCGAUGAUGGGCGUGCUGGAAGGGGUGGUAAUGGAGCUGGCCGACUGUGCCCUGCCGCUGCUGGUCGACGUUGUGCCGACCGCCGACCCUGCCGUCGCUUUUAAGGACGUCGAUGCCGCGUUCCUCGUUGGCGCAAUGCCCCGCAAGCAGGGCAUGGAGCGUAAGGACCUGCUGUCGGCGAACGUUAAGAUUUUCAAAGUCCAAGGCGAAGCCUUGGAUAAGCACGCCAAGAAGGAUGUCAAAGUGCUGGUCGUUGGUAAUCCGGCCAACACGAACGCGCUGGUUUGCUCGCACUACGCACCGUCGAUUCCGAAGGCCAACUUCACGGCGAUGACGCGGCUGGAUCAGAACCGUGCUCAGGCCCAGAUUGCGGCCCGGCUCGGCGUGGGAAUCGCGAAGGUGAAGAACAUCAUCAUCUGGGGCAACCAUUCGGCCACGCAAGUGCCGGACGCGCGAAACGCAUCGGUGGAGGUGGGCGGCGUAACGAAGACCGUUCCGGAGGCCAUCGCCAACGAUGAGUUUCUGAAGCAGGAGUUCCUCGAAACGGUGCAGAAGCGCGGAGCGGCCGUUAUCGCCGCCCGUAAGAUGUCGUCGGCCAUGUCGGCGGCCAAGGCCGCGAGCGACCACAUGCGCGACUGGUUCGCGGGGACGCGCGACGGCGAGUACGUCUCGAUGGGCGUCAUCUCGGACGGUAGCUACGGGGCGCCGAAGGAUAUCGUGUUCUCGUUCCCGGUGCAAAUCCGGAACCGCCAGUGGAAGAUCGUGCAGGGCCUGUCGGUGGACGAGUUUUCGCGCGGCAAACUCGACAUCACGGCCAAGGAGCUGCUGGAAGAGAAGGAGGAAGCGAUGGCCGUCUGUUCGGCCGAUUGACUAGUUAAACUGUAGAGCAGAGUUUUGUAGGAAAACCCCACAGAAAAAAGCGAAGCCCUAAAAGAAUCGGAUCGGAAAAAAGCCAGGCCAUCGGACGCGCUUCGCGUUUUGCUU